AUGAAGCUCUCCAUGCAGUCGCUGGCCCGGAAGCUCUCCAUCCCAUCGCCCAAGCGGGGCAAGAAGCAGCACCAGGACGGCGGCGGCAGCGGCAAGCGGGGCAUCUCCCUGAGCGAGGCGCCGUCGUUCGUGUCCGCGUCGUCCUCCUACACCUCGUCGUCCACCGAGGACGCGCUGCCGAGGGCGUCGAAGCCGCGGUCGGUGCUGCCCGCGGAGAUCUUGCGGCGGGAGCUGGAGGCUGUGCUCCGGCGGCUGGGCCAUGACGAGCCGUCGGACGACGAGCUCGACGCCGUGGCGGCCUUCGCGGCCGCCGGGGAGGCCGGCCCCGAGGACGAGCUGAUGGAGGCGUUCAAUGUGUUCGACGCCGACGGCGACGAUUUCAUCGGCUUCUAGGACUUCGCGCGCAUGAUGAUGGUGUCCACCACGGUGGCGGCCACCACAUCGGCCGGCGGGGCGGCACGGCGAGGCGGCAUGGCGAGCUCGGGGCGAGGCGGCGGCGCGCUGCGACGAGCCGGGGCGGACCGUUUGGGUCCCAGAGGCUU